UCGUUCACGCCCUGACCUUCAAACCCUCAUUUGAAUUUUCCCGUGCAUGAAAAACACCUUUGAAACCCUAACCGGUGGCUUGAAACCCUAAUUUGAAACCUUAGCCUUGACCUGAAAGCCCAACCAACGUCAGAAACCCAAAUGGUAAAAAAAUCCUGGACCUUAACUCGACGUCCUACCAGUAUCUUGAAAUACUUUAAAACCCUAUCCGUCGUUUGGAACCCAGUUUGAAACUGUAGCCUUGCCUUGAAACCCUACUGCGACACCUUGUUUGAAACCCUAACCUGGACUUCAACCCACCUUUGACACAGCGUUUGCGCUUGAUACCCAACUAACAUGGCCUCCCCAAGAGACUCCCUGCCUCCACCAAUCACAACAGAGCUCGCUGAUGACAUGUAAAUCAUUGGUAGUCACGUCCGGCCCACAUGCACCAAUCAGAAUCAGCUCGCAGUGGGCGGAGCCACGUCAGCGUACUGGCUUGCUUCCCGACCAGUGAGGCGAGAGAGGUGGCCGUUGCCGUGGUAACAGCCCUGGGCGCCAACCUGGGAACCCCCACCGGCAGGAGCCCGCUGCGCACGGAAGCGCAGGUGAAGUGGACUCUGGAGGUUUUGCGCUUCGGUCUGAGCCUCCCGCUGGACUGCGCCACGCUGCGUGCGUGCGUGGACAUUUACGCCCACUGGAUGACGGUUCUGGUGUCCCCGCGAGACUCCAUCCCGCCGCCGGUCGUCAAGGAGCCCAACGUUUACGUCCAGAAGAUCCUCAGACACCUGCGCGCCUUGUUCCUGCCCAGGUCGGAGCGAUCCGCUCCGGAGUACGCGUCCGUCUGCCAGCGGGUGCUGUGUGCAGUUCAGCUGCUGGCCAGAGAGGGCGCUGGCGUGAGCGGGGACACCUGGGAGAUGCUGCUUCACUUCCUGCUCUGCGUCAACCAGUCGGUGCUGGCCACGCCCACCUCAGCACCCUCAUGUCAGCAGGUGUCCGUGUCAUCCGUGGAGGUCCUGUUCCAGGUUAGUCUGGUGUCCUGUGCCCGUUGUUUCCCUCCUCGGUCCUUGUGGCUGUCGUGGAGACAGAUGAUGACCACGUGGAGGUUUCAGCCCGCCGUACUGGACCAGUGGACACGGGUAGUCUCCGCUCUAACGUCCAGGUCGCUGCGCCUGAGUUUCGGUCCUGCCUUCCCUCGGUUUAAGGUCGCGGAUGAGGACGCCGCGCUGAUCCCUGAAGACAUGGACCACCAGGUCACCCUCCAGACCUGGCUCAGGUUCCUGCAUUUGCUCGGCAAUCCUGCAGACCUGAGGCGUCCACCGGUGGACGGCCCAGCUCCUCCGGGCCAUGAGGAUGUCUUCCUCGCAGCAAUGACGACGAUCAGUAGACUGGUGGACGCAUUUCUGGGUGUCUCCGUGGUCUGCGGAGAACCAGGGGAGCACAUGCUGAUAAACACGGGACUUUCAACCAGAACCCAUUUCAGAGCCCGCCUCCCUUCUCUCGGUGUCGCUGUCACCCGAAGUCCUUUCAAAGACAGAAUGCCCUCCUACGUCCCCUCAGGUGUCUUGCGUCCUCGUUCUGGAAGUGCUCCUCCGACCCCCGUCAACGUACUGAGCAUGCCCAGCAAAUCACCGCCUCCACCGCACGCUCGACAGAAGACAUCAAACAUUUCCAAGGCCGCCGGGAAACCUCAGAUAGGAUCAUCACAAACAUCCCCUUCCCUCCAUCUGUGGAAGUCCUCUUCUGUUCUUCCUGCGUUCUCUUGGGUGCUGUACUCAUCCCCCCGUGGUCCCCCAUCCCCCCUGAGGGGCAGCGUGGACUCCCUGCUUCACGUGUUUGGCUUCUGCCUGUUUGAUGCCGCCCUUGUUGGCAAAGACUCUGCUCCUAGUGAGUGCUGGGAAGAUGGGCGAGCUGAGGCCUGCGGAACACUUUGUCGGAUUUUCUCCUGUAAGAAAACCUCAGAAGAUGUCCUUCCUGUGUACCUGUCCAGGUUCUACGCGGUCCUCCUCCAGGGUCUGCGGGUGUGCGAGGACUUCAGCCCUCCUGUCGUGUCCGCCAUCCUCCUCCACUCAUCGUCGUUGUUCUGCUGUGACCUGGCUGGAGUCAACCUGCUGCUCCCUUCCUUUAUCUGCGUCCUGGAGAAGGUUCUGCUGCAAAGGGAGCUGCUGAGCUUCAGGGCCUUUGUGAGCCCGGUGCACUUGCGGCGGGCUUCCAUCUUGGUGCUGAUGUCACUUUUGCCUCUCCCCCAGCAGUUUGGACCGGUCCAGCUGGUGCCGCUGGUGGAUGCCGGUGCCGAAGAAGUCCCCACAGGAAGUGUCCGGGCCCUGAAGCCCCGCCUCGUCAGUCUGCUCAUUGGUUCUCUGAGGACAGAGACUGACAGUACCAACACGCAGAUGCUCCUCGCGGCCAUCUUGACUCUGGUUCAGGACUGUGCUCUGAUGGAGGCUGCCGGACAAACUCAACGCAAAGGAAAAAUUCACCACGCAGGACACGGCAAGACCAAACGCACCGACAGAUCCAGCCACCAAUCAAGCUCAGCGGCCGCGCUGUGGGUGGAGUUUGUGCAUCUGCUGACUCAACAUCUGACCGCCCAGUGGAGGGACGACUCAGCAGUUUGUCUGGCGACAAUGGAGGUUUUGGGAGGACUGGCCAGAGUAGAGGUGAGCGCGGCCGAGCGGGAAAAAAAGCAAGCGGUCAUCUCGGUCUGUCGCUACAUCGAGUUCCAGUGCGGUCGUCCUCCUCCGCUUCACUCCAGAGAUCUUCACUCCAUUAUUGUGGCGGCCUUUCACUGCCUCAGCAUCUGGCUCACAAGACACCCCGACAUCUUGGAAGACCAGGAGUCUUUGCUGGAGCUUCUGGAGAUCGUGGAGCUUGGCGUGUCAGGCAGCAAGUCCAGACAGGAAGAGGAAGUACGGUGUCGAGAGGCGAAAGAACUGAAUCCCGUCUCUCUGAGAGUGAAGGAGGCGGCUGAGGUCACGCUCAACUGCAUCAUGCAGGUGUCUGGAGCGUCUCCAUUCCUCGGAAGCUCUUUGAACGAGGACGCACUGAUUGGCUGCUCUGGUCCGGAUGACAGCAGCCUUAAAAAGCUCAGAUAUUUUGCUUUGGAUGCUUCUGUAAUCCUGGGAUUUCUGGAACAAGAUCAGGGACCUGAAAAAGGUUCUGCGUCAUGCCCGUCACUCACGGUGCUGAUCCGCGGGCAGUUUUCACGUCACUCCUGGAAUUUCCAGCACCGCCUUCAGCCCAGACAGAAAGCAGUCAGCCCUCAGGAAAGUAGCAGUGAAGCCCAGAUGCAUGCUAGAAUAUCACACUGCGGGACUGGUGUAAAAAAUCAGAUGCUUCUGGAAAACAUCAACACAGUUCCUCUGGUUCCAGCAGACCACAGUAUUCCUGACCUCUGGGAGGGGCUGACUGAGGAGGUGAAGCAGCAUUUGGAUCAUCUGCGAGGAACUUUGGAGCGACAGCAGAGGGUGGAGGCAGAGCCCCGCCAGUCUGGUGCCAUGACAGCGUGUACGCCUCCUCCGCCUCGUCCCGUCACUCACGUCCAGACUGCAAGGCUCUUCCUAUCCCACUUGGGCCUGGUGACUCCUGAGACCCUGAAGGAUCCCGAUAGCAGGGGUGUUCCGGCUCAGUUGGUGUCUCUGGACGCGUCCUUGCCAGGAUUCUACGAGGACCUGAGACGUUUGGACCGCCUCCCGUCCAGAACCCAGGAAUCGGCCUUCGUCUUCUAUGUGAGGGCGGGACAGAAGACGGCAAUUGAGAUUUUACAGAACGUGGAGUCCCGCUGCACCGUCUCUCGUCACUUCCUGGACUUCCUGUCCAGUCUGGGCCGCCCGGCGGCACGCGGACGGGAGAGCGUAGAUUUCGCCAGCGCCUUGGGGCAGACCGGCGGCGGCGGCGCGUUCGACGGCGAUCGCUUCGUCCUCAAGUACGACGACGCCCUGACGGACGUCACCUUCGUCGUUGCUUCGUCGUCAUCGCACGUCAGGAUGGAAAAGCACUCAACAACCGACGGGUCAACGCGCGGGGAGGAGGCGGAGCCAGAGGUUCAAAGAUCGUCCGAACGCCGUCACCAAUCCGAGAUGAUGAUCGUUUGGGUGGAACGCUUGGAGGACGUCGAGACGUUUCCCGUUUGUGAGCUGAACAAGAGCCGACCUCUGAGCUGCGGGUGCGGCGUGCACGCGCUCUUCAUCCACAGUCUGGCGAGCGGACUGUUCCGGAUCGUCUCCCGCGGAAAUCCCGGUCCCGGCAACUUGGGUUUGCUGCCCCCGCUGGUCAGCGGGAUCGUCGUCGGCAGGCGCGGCCUCGGCCCGUUAGUCCUGGAGACGCUGAUCAACGGUUGCCGUCGGCGACAGCUGUGCGGCGACUCCGCCCCCCCGCCGCACGUGAACAGGAAGUACGCCGUCGGCGCCGCGGUCCUGCGGUACGGCGCCCGCCGCCGCUCGGAACCCGACCCCUACGGCGCUCUGUUCCGACAGCUCUGACCUCCGCGGUUACCGCGGCGACGCCACGCUCGAGUCACGUGACCGCAGCGCCUCGCCCGAACCGAAGAUCUCGUCGAUCGUCAGAAUUCAGAAUCCGUCGACGUAAUUAUCAUCAUCAAAAUUGAUUGUCACGAUGA